AAGCGGGCACCGCCGUCGCAAUCGGCGAAUCCUUCGAAAUAAGAGCACGACGUUAUCGACGCCUUUUGGUACCGUGUGAGCUCGCUUAGCUUCAGCCUGUCCAUUCGGGCAGCCCGAACGGACCAGCGGGCGUCGUAACUUACUCGGAACCGGCGUGUUGGCAAGGUUAUGUGCUGACAAGAGGACCCGGUGCCUCGAAUAACAGAUGGCGCUUUUUUAAGGCGAGCUAGGACGCGGCUAUUAGCAUUAGCAUCGGGCGGAGGCCUACUCAGGAAGCGGGAAGGAGCUUUUAUUUUCCAAAUCUUCAUUAUAGCCGACUGCUAGUCUUCCCUACACGGCUUCUCCCUCGAAUAAAUUACUUAUCUUGGUACUUUUGUGACUUUUAGGAAUGUAAAUCUAACGUCGGUGAGAAUAUACCUCCGUUCAAAAAACUAAAUGCUAAAAUUGGCUUGGAAAUUGAAAUCUGGCUUCAUACCUUACUAUCCUCUUAAAUUGUGGCUUGAAAUCUUACUUAUACACCUGGCUUGGAAGCCCUUACCCUAGUUUCAAGCAGACUUGAGACGAGUUGGAUCUUCACCUUGGCUUUACAGCUGACUUUACGACCGUAACUGUCAUUUGAAGCGCUACUUUGAAUCCCAACUCCUUAUUUAGCAUCCUAACACUGGGCCUGGUGUGAAACAGUAACCCAAACCCUGACUUUGAAACCCAACUUCAAAACCCUAACUCUGAACCCUGAUUGUAGUCUUAAUAUUGCAUCAGAUCUAUAUAGGGCUUUUCUGGACACUCAAAGAUGUUUUACAGUAGCUAUACCUGCUAAUUUUGUUCUAAUAUAAAUGACAUUGACUGGCAAACAUAAAUGAGCAUAGAAUGCCAGAGUAGAAAUGAUUAACAUGGACUCUCUUGUAGCAAUGGCUCACGGUGCCAGUCAUGGCAAGCUGCUCCUGCAGCGGCUACAUCAGCAGCGGGAAAUGGACUUCCUGUGUGAUGUCACCAUCAUGGUCAGAGACGUGGAGUUCCGCGCACAUCGCAACAUACUGGCUGCGUUCAGUAAGUACUUUGCCUCCCAAGCUGAGAAGGACCAGGACGUCACCACUUUGGACCCCGACAAAGUCAGUCGCUACGCCUUAGAGAAGCUGCUGGAGUUUGUCUACACGGGACAGAUGAACCUCAGCAGCACCAGACAAGCCGCUGUCCGCCGAGCUGCCAUCUUCCUGGGCAUGUCUGACGCCACAAAGUAUCUGGAAGGAAUUUCUCAUUUGUCUGAGGCCAGCGAGGCGUCCCAGUCCGAGCUGGACAAAGAGGCGGGCCUGUCUUCGCUCAGUCCUGGCUCACUGGGCAGUACUCACUCCCCCGCCCCUCUGUCGAUCGUCUCUGUAUCAGGGGCGUGUUUGGAUGAGAGCCAAGCAGGCCAGGAAGAUGAGGAAACCCAGAAAGGCCUAGGAGGCGAGGAAGGCCUAGGAGGCGAGGAAGGCCAGGGAGGCGAGGAAGGCCAGGGAGGCGAGGAAGGCCAGGGAGGCGAGGAAGGUCAGGUCAGCGAGGAAGAUCAGUUCGGUGAGGAAGGUCAGUUCGGUGAGGAAGGUCAGUUCGGUGAGGAAGGCCAGCAAGGUCUGGAAGGCCAGAAAGAUCAGGAAAGCCAAGCCGCCGGCUUGGAAGAGGAAGGAGGAAUUCCCAGCCAUGAACUGGCGGAGCCUAGCGAUGCUGUCGGCAACACCACCAAACUGGCAGCCCCAAGGGGGAGGGGACGUGGCCGAGGCAGGGGUCGCGGCCGGGGCAGAGGCCGAGGAAGAGGAAGAGGAGGAUUAAGCCUGGUCAAGACCGAAGAAGACUUCCUUGAGGAUUCCGACACCAGCGUCAAGGAUUUCGGGGACACGUCGGCCGACUGGAGCCCCUCGCUAGACGAGCCACUUCCCAAGAGGCCCCGCAUAGGGGAGCCCCGGCGCGGACGUGGCCGGGGACGCGGACGUGGGCGAGGGAGGGGCCGAGGGAGGAGUAAAGCGGAGGGCGAGGAGGACGACGAUAGCGGCGACGAAGGGACGGAGGACGCAGAGCAGGACGCCUCCAACGCCUCCUCGCAAGAGACCACGCGGACCUGCAUUGAGUGCAGCAGGACCUUCAAGGACUUGUGCAGCCUGCGGAGGCACGAGCAGAUCCACGCCGGUCUCAAGCCCUUCAUCUGCAUCUUCUGCUCCAAAACGUUCCGACAAGCUACGCAGCUCAAAACUCACCUGCGUACGCACACUGGCGAGAAGCCCUUCAGCUGCAAUGACUGCGAAAAGUGUUUUGCUCAGAAGUGUCAGCUGGUGGCUCACCGCCGCAUGCACCACGGCGAGGAGAAGCCCUACACUUGCGAGCGCUGCGGCUUCAAGUUCGCCACCUCGUCUAACUACAAGAUCCACGUCAGACUGCACAGCGGCGAAAAACCAUACGUAUGCGACGUGUGCGGCCAGGCCUUCGCCCAGUCCAGCACGCUGACCUACCACAAGCGGCGCCACACGGGCGAGAAGCCCUACCAGUGCGACCUGUGCGGCAUGUCCUUCUCCGUGUCGUCCUCGCUCAUCGCACACGCGCGCAAGCACACGGGCGAGACGCCCUACAAGUGCUCCCAGCCUCAGUGCGACAGCAGCUUCGUCACCUCGUCCGAACUGAAGAAACACAUGCGGCGCCUCCACCCGGACGGCACCAACGGCGUGCAGUGCCUACUGUGUGGGAAUCGCUUCGCUAGCGUCAAGAACAUGAUCAAGCACCAGGAGAAGGCGCACGCCGAUGAGGUGCGACAACACAAAGAGAGGGCGCGCGCAGUCGUCCUGCUGGCGUCCAGCCACCCGAUCGCCUUUGUGCAGAGCAAACUGAGCAAGGACGGCAAAAGUCUGAGCUCCAUCCCCGAAGCCGAGCCGAUCGAGCCGGAACCGGCCACGCCUCAGGCUGGUGGCGUGUCGGACACCGCCGCCCUGAGCGAGACGCUACAAGACCUGAAAGCGGAGCCCAGCCACAUGCCCAUCUCCCAAGUCGAGGCGACGACCUUCGAGACCGAUCCCGUGUCCACCAUCAACUCGGAAACGCUGCACGCGCUGGUGGAGCAGCUGAGGCCGCCGCCCUCGCCGGCGCAGAACCUGGAGCAGAUCGUCAUCAUCCGCACGGUGGACAACAUGGAGAACAAUGCGCCGCCGCAGUGAGUUUUGCAAAGUGUUGUACACGUUCCUUCGAUAUCCGUACUAGCCAAUUUGAGGGUCCAUGUACACGUGCGCGCAUUGACUUCAUGUACAUGUACUAGUACACCUCCUCAUCACUACCAAGACAAAUUUCUCGUGCUUGUAAGAACUACAAGGGCAACCGCAUAGAUCAGGGAUGAGAAUUUUCCGCCAAUCCGCAGAUUUCCGUGUUUUUUUUCCGUAAAAAAUAUCAUUUUCGUGAAUCGUGUAAAUCCGUUGAAUUCUUUUUUUUAUACAUAUAUUUGGGGGGGUGGUAUGGAAGCGGCCGGUGUUCCAGGUUAACUUGCUCUCAUGUUAUCUUGUGAAGUGCAAUUUGUAAAUUGAACAUAAGAUCGACCAAACACAAAAUCAUUUUUUCACAUAAUGUCAUGUUAUGCCAACAAGCCACAUAAAUCAUGUUCAAAAGAAGGAGAAGGAAGAAGCUAUUGCUUGUUUUUUCCCUACCCCUUUCAUACAUCAUAAUUCUCAACAUGGUUGCUAAUUAUUUUCUUUUCUAUUUUCUUGCUCCCUGUCUCUAGUUGCGCUCUUUAGGGUAAAGUGUGUUGCGCCAUCUUGUGUUUCUUGACUGCAGUUUCGCCACAAGCGAUAUGGAACUUGUCUAGCUUUGCAUAUUAAUAAGAGCGUGGCGAGAAGAGAAUUUCACAAAUGGUUGUCCGUCAUAUGCGAUGAGCGGUGGGAUAUACAAAAGUUUACCGCUGAAAAUGUGGUACAGCUGGCACACCGCCCCAGCUAAGGAUGGUUUAUUGUUUUGUUAAGUUUGACAUCAGAGCACUCUUUGGACAAUGUUGACAUUCAAAAGUGCUUGUAGGCAUUUGAAUACACGCGCGCGCAAAGACCAUUAAUGUGUGACGAAUAAUUAGAGACAAAUAAUUGAAGUCGAUAAGUGAAUUUUACAUGUGUAACACAAAUAUAACGUAAUAAGAUAAUACAACCUGAAUUAGACUCGUGCGAAGAGGGGUCUACCUUGACCAAUUGCUCAUGAUGGAGAACUCCAAAUGGAAUUUACCUUAACUGAUCAGGUAUAUAUCUUUAAGUAGUUUGGUGAGGAAAGCAAUACGUAACAUUCAAUACCCAAAAAAAGGAAAGAAAAAGGUCAAAUACACAAAGGGCAACAGUAAUCCUUCUCCACAUUUGGUUCACCCACACAUUCUGAAUGGUCUAGCAAAAGGAACACUACGUAUCUGUGGGGCACAAAAGCAGAAUAUACAUUCAAGCGAAAUGUAACGCUCAUCUAGAUGUUGUCAGGUCUUACCCAAUUGAUUACUUCUUGGGGGGCCCCUGUGCUCAGCGUGAUGCUGGCGGAGAUAUUGUCCCCAACACGUACCACCUGUGGCCUCUGACAGAGGAAGUCCAGUAGCCAGUUGCAGAGAUGGGUACUGAGGCCCAGCUUGUUCGAGUUUGCAGAUGAGUCGUUGUGGCACAAUGGUGUUGAAGGCAGAACUGAAAUCCACAAACAUCCUCAGAGGACCGUUUGGCUCGGUACGCAAACUGGAAGGGGUCUAUGAUGGGGGGGAGAAUGGAUCCGAUGUGCUCCAUGACCAGCCGCUCAAAGCACUUCAUGAUGAUGGGCGUCAGUGCCACGGGGCGGUAGUCAUUGAAGCAGGUUUCUUCGGCACAGGUACGAUGGUGGCAGCCUUGAAACACGACAGGACGAUAGCCGGCUGCAGGGAAAUGUUAAAGAUGUCUGUGAAGACACCCGUCAGCUCCCCAGCGCAGUCCUUCAGCGCUUGACCCGGGAUGCCGUCAGGGCCCGCCGCCUUACGGAUGUUGAUAGCGGCAAGCGCCCUCCUCACGCUGUCGCCAGAGAGGCACAGGGGCUGCUCGUGUGAAGGGGGAGUGGUCUUCAGCGGGCAAGUGCUGUUCUGAGCGUCGAAGCGAGCAAAGAAGCGGUUAAGAUCAUUGAGCAGACGCACGUCGCCUUCACAGCUCUGCGGCGGGGGCUUGUAGUCCGUGAUGGUCUGAAUGCCCUGCCAAAGGCUCCGUGCCUCGCUGCUGUCCUUGAAGUGGGCGGUAAUCUUGCAGGAGAACGGCCUCUUCGCUUCCUUGAUGCCCCGGGACAGGUCGGCCCUUUCUGUCCUCAAGCCAGCCUCAUCCCCCGUUCUGAAGGCUUUGUCCUUGGCAGAAUGGCGGUAAAUUCCCUUGGCAGGUAAAAAGGACGGCACUUAAUGAUCACAAACUCCGCCAGCGGCGAGCAUUUGUCGCUGAUGUAGACGCAUAUUCCACCUCCUCGCGAGUUUCCCUUUUACAAUUGCCCGGUCCGCCCGAUAGCACGCUAGCCGCUCCAGAUGUACAGCAGAGUCCGGAAUGUUGACAGUCAACCAAGUCUCAGUGAACACGAGCACACAUCAGUUACGCACUGUCCGGUUUGUAGAUCUCAGCAGGCGCACGUAAUCCAUUUUGUUGUCCAGCGAUCGAACAUUCGCCAGAAGACUGGAAGGCACGGCCGGGCAAGCUGGGUUGGCUGCCAGCCUGGCCCGGACGCCUCCGCGCUUGCCCCUCUUCAGCCUCCUUGCACAUCGGGCAUAUAAGGCUCUGAGGUCUCAGUAAUAUGGUAUCUGCAGAGCUGGUGGUUGACAAGGCACUGAACGAACUCAGUGGUGAAUUUAAAGGUGGGCUCAAAGUUACAAUUACGCUUUCUAAGCUCACUAUCUUCACAGUUCCACACUCAGGUAGAUCAUCAAUGUUAUUCAAGUUGCAAAAGUCUUUGAAGUCUGGGUCUUCAUAGUGAAGCAAGAAGUCAUAAUCCAGAGUUAGUUGGCUUUUUAACACAGCGAUGAGAGCCUCCACAGAUGCAGGUCUUCCUAGCAGCCUAGCACUUUUCGAAUGUCAUUCUCUCCCACAAUCACCCUCACUGGCCAGGACUGAAUCUGCAGUCAUGAAACACAAGAUUUCGUGACACGCUUUACCCGAAUGAGUGCAACUGGAGACGGGGAACAAGAUAACAUGAGAGCAAGUUAACCUGUAACACCGGGAAACGUUCGCCUCGGCGACUCGCGAGCAUUCACAUUUACAUCGCCACAAUGUGAAUCUGGGAUUUGGGUUUUCAUCACUUGUAGUUACAUAGAUCUAGGGCCUACUCAGCAAAAGUUUUCGCCAGCAUGAGGAUCGUGCCAGGGAAAUAGACAAGCCGAACGGGAACAAGAACUCAGAUGGGCAUGGCUCGAGAGCAGUGUCAUCGUACAAUUCGGAACACAGUCCAUAACCAUGUGCCUGAUGGAACAUAUCCGUAAAGUAGAUGUCCCGGGGAAGGUUUUGAGAAGUUUCUAUCAAGAUAUGAUCAGCUUUGGAGGUCGCGGCGCGAGGAACAUUAAGGAGCACAUCGAAACAAAAAAAACCCACAGAUACUUUCUUACUUUUACAAGCAUGUGGGUUUAGAAAGUAACAUGUAAGCUAAUGUUACGCUAUUGUCAUGAUAUUGUUAGAAUAAAUCUCUAAUUUAUAUCAAUCUUCAAUCAAUAUAUAUACAGACCCCCGGUGGGCCCCCCAGACCCCCAGCUACUUUUCAGUGUUUUUUUACGUUUGCCAUUCUCAUCCCUGAUAGAUUAUUUUUACCUGAAAAGGGAAUAAAAACUCGGCCGCUAUUCUACAUGUCUUGCUGUUGAGGACAAAAAGUGUACUAGUACAAAGAGCGCACAGGUUUCGUGCGGUGCAGGAAAAGGCAACAUCUUCCACUGAAGUCAGCCGCACUCCCGUUAAAACUUUGAAGACAUGAUGUGAUGUUGUAGUGCUUCUUCACCUUUUGUAGAUGCCCAAUGUGGGGGUUUUUUUUUCUCCUGUUUGCUUUUGAUGGAUGUGUUGACAUAUGUACAGUAAUACUCAUGACACUUGUGACUGGAUGAAAUCUUUUACCGCACAAUAAAAAAGCGAUUCAACACAA